CAUUCUGAAACUUCAAAUCAAUUCAAUUCAAUUCUUAUUCUUUCUCUCUCUUCAUAAGUCUCUCGCUCUCUUUCUCUCUCUUUCUGUUACUUUCUUCCAGAGCUACCUAGGGUUUCGUUUCCUUUACUUUCAAAUCUGGGAACCAGACUGAGUGGUUGAGGAGUCUAAACUGAUUUAGGGUAUUGACAAAAUCGAAUUUAAGCUUUUGUCAGAAAGCUUUUCAAAGUAAUCAAUUUGUGAUUGGUCACUUUUUGGUGUACUUGUUACUUCAUGCUGAAAGCAGUGACAAUAUCAUUUUUUUUGUGUCUGUAUGGUUAUGCUCUGAUUGGUUUUGAUGGUGGUUAUGGUGAUAGAGAUGAUGAUUAUGAGCAAAGCUAAUGUUGAUUACUUAUGAUUGAUGAUCUGAUUUUUUUGAUAAGGAAUCAUCAAAUUGUUAUUCCAGUAGAUAAAUGCGCCUUUUUAUGCAUUUUAUACUCAUGGGUUGAAAGACUUAAUUUAUAAGUUUGGGAUUUGAAUAUGGCUAUUGCUGGUCUACACAAUGUUUCUGUGCUUGAUUCGUCUUUCCUUAGGGACUCUCAGACUCGAGCACCAAGUCAAAUAAGUGAUGAAGAGGGGAGGGUAAGCACCCGGGCAUCCUCAAUUUUACAAAUGUGGAGAGAGCUUGAGGAUGAGCAUGUGGUGAGUCGAGCCCAGGAGAGGUUCAGGGAUAGAUUGUUCCAACAAAGGGGUGAUGGAUUUAUUGCAGAUCUUUCGAGGACAGAUAGUUCCGAAAGCCAUGGAAGCGAUCGUAUUGGUGACUCAGAGGUUGCCAGUUUGGGUGAGAAUGAUCAUGAGGUUUUGAGUAACUAUAACAGUGAGCAUUCUUCUGAUUUUGGAGAGGUUGAAAGGGUUAGGGUGAGACAAGUUUUCCGAGGAUGGAUGAAUAGUGGUGCUGGGGAAUGUGUAUCAAAUGUUUCUCAGAUCAGUAACAGUCCAAGGGCCCAGUGGCUUGGUGAAAAUGAACAGGAAAGGGUGAGAGUUAUAAGGGAGUGGGUACAAACGAACAGUCAGUUGAGAGGUACUCGUGCUGGCAGCAGAGAAAAUCAACCUGCUGAAUCUGGUACUCAGAUAGAACAAGUCCGUGAUGGGUUGGUUGUUAACCAGAAUGAAGGCCGACAUCAUCAAGUUCGGAGGGGAAUACGUAAAUUGUGUGGUAGGCAGGCUCUUCUUGACAUGGUAAAGAAGGCUGAGAGGGAGAGGAAAAUGGAGCUUCAAGUAUUGUUGGACCACAGAGCUGUAACAAAUUUUCCUCACCGCAACCGCAUUCAGUCAUUACUAAGAGGUUGGUUCUUGCGUAAUGGAAGUUUGGUUGAGAAUGAGAGGCCCUCUUCUGUAGCUGAAAGUGAAUUAGGCUUAUUGAGGCAAAGACAUACAGUCUCUGGUCUGAGGGAAGGGUUCUCUAGACUGGAUAAUUCUGUUUGUGCUCAAGCAAGCAGCAGUCUUUCUGAUACAUCUAAUGAGGACACCAGUUCAACUCGAAAUGGGGAACCUCAAGAAAAUAACUUAUUUGAAGUCAGAGGUGAUAUUUGCGAACAAUCAGAACUUAAUUAUGAAGGGAGUGAAGAUCAAGAACACGACGGCCAUGGAAUAUUGGAUGGUCAGAGUGAGUUGAGAGGCAAUGCCGUUGAAGAUAUAGAUUCACAAGAAUCAAACGAUCACAUAAUAGAAGAAUGGCAUGAACAAGUUCCAGACAAUGUGGUAAGAGAAUGGCGAUGGUCAACCAAUGCUGAAUUUAUUGACAGGAGAGAUGACACUGAACUAAACACAGAUGUUGACUCACAGGAAAAUGCUACUAAUGAAUGGGCCAGUGAUACAUUGCAUAUUGGUGUUGAAGAACGUAGGAAUAUUCUGGAAGCCAGUUAUUCAGCCAAUGAUGAAUCUGAGUCGAGAAGGGAGUCAAAUGACUACCCUCAUCUAUCUGGUCCUGCAGAUGAUUUAGAAGAUAACACAGUUGCUCAUAUGAUCGGGGAAGAAUCUGCUUCUGAGGUAGAGCAGUGGCAGGAUCAAUCUCCAGCAAAUGAGGAGGGAGAUUGGGAGCAAGUUGAUGGUGAAUAUGAUGAAUGGACAGACAACCCCGGUGAAAAUAUCGAAGAAAGUCAGCAACAAACAACCGAAUUUGGAUGGUCUCAGGGAAAUGAAGACGUACAAAAUAGUCAUUUGGAAGAGGUUCCUGAAGAGUGGCACGAGGAAGGUGAUUUCCAAGAAACCGCGCAUAGUUGGCUAGAAGAGCCAUCCGAUAGUGAAACUGUUCCAGCCAGGCAGGUUGAGACAUAUUAUUUCCCCGAUGAUGAUAAUGUUUAUAGCAUUGAACUCAGGGAACUACUAGGCAGGAGAAGAGUAUCUAAUCUUCUUCACAGUGGCUUUCGCGAGAGUCUUGAUCAGUUAAUACAAUCAUAUGUGGAAAGGCAAAGCCAUGCCGCUGUUGACUGGGAGCUGGAUGGUUCAUCACCAUCUCCUGCAUCCGUUGAACAAGAUCUCGAUCAAGCAAGGGCAAAUCAGAGUGAGGCUCAGGAGGAUGCUACUGUUGUGAGACCGCCUCCUCCUGUGGCUCCAUCCACUCGUCCAAUUCCUCCUCCUCCUCCCCCAAUGUGGGACCAGAGGCCACACCGUGAUACCUUUACGCAGCAUGAAAUGCAUCAACGAUUUGGAAUUGUAUGUGAGUGGGAAAUCAUCAAUGACAUGAGGAUCGACAUGGCCAGGCUACAACAAAGGAUGAAUAAUUUACAGAGAAUGAUGGAAACUUGCAUGGACAUGCAACUCGAGUUGCAACGUUCAAUUAGACAAGAAGUCUCUGCUGCCCUGAAUAGGCCAGCUGCUUCACAAGCAGUGUUGUGUGAGGAUGAGAGUGGUUUGGCCAUGGAUGACACCAAAUGGGAUCAUGUUAGAAAAGGAAUGUGCUGUAUAUGUUCUAAUACCAAUAUUGACUCUUUAUUGUACAGAUGUGGGCACAUGUGUACAUGUUCGAAAUGUGCUAACGAGCUGGUUGAGAGUAAAGGCAAGUGUCCAAUGUGCCGAGCACCGGUAGUUGAGGUGAUUCGUGCUUAUUCCAUACUAUAAAAAAUUGAUUACUCUCAUUAAUAUUAUACACAAAAGGAAAAGAAAAGAAAAGGGAAGACUUUGAGAUUAACAACAUCAACAACAACAACAACAACAACAACGUAGCUUUGUUUCUUUCUACACUUCACUUCACUUCACAUAGUUUUUUUCGAUUUGGUUUCCUCUUGGAUAUGAUUUCUGAUGAUCUCUCCUCUUAUUAAAUAUAUAAUAUACAUAAAGAGUGUAUGAUUUCAACAACUUUGUCUUCUUUUUUUGACCCCAAUAAGAAUAUUAAGUGGAGAAAGAAACCUAUUUUUAUAUAUUAUAGUAUUAUCGGCUACUAA